AUGAUGCCCCCCAGCGAACUACAUGGACCUUCCCUUCCAGACUCAGGUGCAACCCUUCACGACGUGUUUUAUCAGAAUGUCGUAAAGUACCCCGACACUGUGGCUCUCGUCUCGACCCACCAAGCCCCUACUCUCUACGGAAUCCCGAGCGUACCACUCGACACCGACAAGCACGAAGCGCAAUAUCUACGAUGGACCUACCGGGACCUGGAUCGCGCUGUGCAGCGACUCGUCGCGGGUUUACAAAGUCAGGGACUGAAGAGAGGCGAUCCAUUAGUGAUUUUUAUGCCAAAUACCGCUGAAUAUGUUAUUGCUACUUGGGCCGCGUACCAAAUGGACUGCGCCUACGUUCCAAUCAAUCCUAAAGGCCUAGCCAAUGCCCGAGAGAUGCGACAUAUGCUGCAGACGGCGAUGAAGGGAUGCAAGUCGGAUCUUAUGGGUAUUAUUGCUGGGACAUCCGAUAUGUGCGAGCGGAUUGAAGAGUACACGACUGGAAUUAAGUGCACGAAUAUAUUGGUGGAAGGAGAGGUGGAUGGGUGGACACCAUUUAAAGAGUUGAUGGAGAAACCGGCGGAUUCGAAGCAAAGCCUUUGCAGAGAUCAUGUGUCCGAACUUGCUGAUCGAUCAAUUUUCUUCACAAGUGGAACGACGUCUCUGCCGAAAGGUUGUGUUAUGCCGCCUGCAUAUGGGUUUUCGGCUGCCUUGUCCUGGCGCCAGUGCAGUGCUCCCAUGUUGCCUGGAGAUCGCGUAUUAUUCACAUUGCCGAAUAACCAUGGUUUUGGCUGGCUUAACAUAAUUUCUGGCUUUCUGAAUGGAGCUACCGUUGUGCUACCGGGACCGAGGUUCAUUCCAGAGGCUGUGAUUAAGGCUAUCCGGGAAGAGCAAGUGAGCCACGCCGGAUUGGUGCCAACCAUGUUGCAUGCUCUAAGCAAUAUACCGCUCGCAUCUGGCAAAUUGAGUUCUCUUCGACGGAUUGUCAUGGGAGGCUCUCCUCCAACUGAAGAAGUCAUCAAGAUCUGCCUCGAUACCCUAGGUGCGUCGGGGGUAGAGAAUCUCUACGGAAUGACGGAGGGCGUACUCGUAUCCUCUGGUGUGGUCAGCCAGGCUAGCGACAUUAUCAAAGGCCGAGAUGUUUCUAUCGGCAGACCACUUCCUGGUAUGACUGUUCGGAUAUACGCCAAGGACAGCAACGUGCCAGUUGCGACUGGAGAUGCUGGCGAGAUACACUUCGCAAGUCCAAGUCUAAUCGAUGGAUAUGUCGGAGGAGCCGAUAAGAACUUCUAUAAUGGGGAUGAUGGUCGUGCUUGGUUCCGCUCUGGUGAUAAAGCCUUCAUUGGUAGUGAUAAUCGUCUCUACCUGAUUGGUAGGUAUAAAGACACCAUUAUUCGUGGAGGCGAGAACAUUGAACCAACCGCUAUCGAAGCGGUUCUCGGCCAAAUCCCGGAAAUCAACGUUCUUCAACCUCAGGUUGUACGCGCACCAGACAAUAUUGCUGGCGAAGUUCCUAUUGUCGUGGUGAACCAGGAAGUCGAUGAGGCUACAGGAAAUUCACUCAAAGAUACUAUCUUGGCGCAAAUGGGAAACCUUUACGUUCCGGCAGAGGUGAUACCGAUACAGGCAUUGGGCCAAGACGAAUACCCCAAAACCAUGGCAGGAAAGGUCCAAAAGACCAAGUUGGAAGAGCUAGUCAGGACAUACUGGGAGCGCCAAGAGUCAACCGGCUCAAACGGUCACCGUAUCGAGGGGCCUGUUUCAGGCACUCAAGUCAUGGAAUCAUUGUGUACGGCAAUCGAAAGAGAGAAGGGUAAUUCGAUUGACCACUCUCUUCGGAUGAUUGAGCUUGGAGUCGAUUCAAUCUCGUCUAUCGCAAUUCUCAAGCGCGUUCAGGUGGAAACAGGAGUUUCGUUGCCGUCAUCCCUAUUCUUCACCCAGGCAACAGUCGGUGCAAUCUGCCAGCAGAUCAGUUCUGUUCCAGACGCGGCUGAUUUUCUAAAUUUCACACCAGUCAUGGAAGACGCAACCGACACAUGCUUUUCAGUCCUGCUCCAAGGGACCCCUCGGCCAGGCGUUCCGUCCCUCUUCUGCACCCCUCCAGGCUCCGGAAAUGCCUUCGUAUUCAAGACGCUGCCCAAGUUUGCCAACGACCGUGCAGUCUAUAGCUUUGGCUCUCCAUUCCUCAUGACCAAGUCAGAAUCCACAUGGACGGUAGAAGAUACCGCCAGGAUCUAUGCCAACACUAUCCGCAGCCUUGAUCCUCAGGGACCAUAUAUCCUAUGCGGCUGGUCAAUGGGAACAGCCACUGCAUAUGAAACCGCAUACCUGCUCCACGAACAAGGAAAGAAGGUCCUAGGAAUAAUCAUGCUAGACUUGGCAUUGGCCCGGCCACCCCCCAUGCUCCCAGAGGCGAGCGUUGAGCUAUUUGAAAUUAUGGGCGUAUUUCCUCCAAUUCGUCGUGAAGGCAAACCUGACGUGGAGAUUCCCGCGUUUCGGAAGAAGCAUCGCGUCGCAGCUUACUACGCGAAAAACAGAUAUAUACCUCGUCCCUUUGACAUUAGUGAUGCGAGCCGACCGCAGAUAUUUGUUAUUUGGGCUGGACAUGGUGAUCAUGAUCGGAUGAUUGGUGCGGUUCUCGAGGCCCAGGAACUAUUGCAAAAAUAUGGACCAGGGACGGAUAAAAAGAUUAACCUUGACUGGCUUCAUGUUCCGCGUGAUUCAUUCGAUGCUGGUGGUUGGGACGAAAUGGUCGGAAAGGAGAAUGUCGAGUGGGACAUCGUAGAAGAUGCGGAUCAUGACACGCUUAUCGAGUCAGAAGAACUGGUUAUAUUGACCCAGGAUUUGAUGGAAGCGAAAAUAGAUAAAUGGUUGCGAGGAGUGGAGGUUAAAUCCAACGGUUCAGGCUGA